CGUACUCGGACUUUCCAUUCAUUCAGCACAAGCAGACAAGAUUCACCGGACACCCAGAACGAGCAAGUCAAAAAUAACAUCACAUAAUCCUCACCUGCAUCACCGCCACCGUCAUCUCUUUCCGCAUACACAUCCGACAAUCUCCAAUCUUGAGCAACUAGGACGGAGACAGUAGCUGGACCAUGCAACGUCUGUCAUCGUACGACCAGGAUUUCGAACAUCCGUCUUACCAGCUCUACAGGGAAUACAUGUUUCACCUCCAUUCGAAUCUCGGUUCUCCAAAAAUCGACGUCGAUGCUGAGACUGCAACCAAGACCGAUGGGAUGAACGUUAGCAUCAGUGAGGGUGCAAUGCGAAGCUCAGGCGGGAACGGCAGUGCAGCUGUUCAGGACAGGGGAGAUGGCUCGAAGACGAGUCCGAGGAGAUCGUCCGUCGAUCAUGCGUUGGGCGUCAUCUCCCCCGGACACGGGCGCGGACAGGAAUCGAAAUCGACUUUGGUCUCCGGGUCCGGUACGGGGUUGGCCAGGCGAGGGUCGAGGCAACAACAUGCAUCCCAAUCAUCGAUGGAAGGAGCCUCUCCAAUAGCAUCAGGAUCGGGAUCGGCAUCAGGGUUGGGGUUAUCCAUCUCUCCACCCGUCUCUUUCACAACAUCGACAUCUCGACGAGCUAGUCUAGCCGGUCCUGCUGUCCUAGGAAUGAGUUUCAGCCCUACAAGUCCGUCCAGGUCGAAAGCGAUCUUGGGCUCUGCCUCGGCGUCAACAUCUGGAUCUCACUAUCAACUCCGGAGAUUGAGCGUCUCCUCUUCUUCGGGAGAUGGACAUACGGGCGGGUCCAUAGAUCAGCCUGGACAUGGAGGACGAGACGGAACAGGGUCGAAUGUGAUCACGACUACGAGUUCGGUUUCCCCUAUCUUCGGGCUAGGCACAAUGCUGAACAAGUCGACCACCCGAUUGUUGGGAUCGGAUAUCUCACCGAAACCGGCACAAGCGCAUUAUGGCCUCAGACGGUUGAGCAGAGAUGCAACUGCGGAUACAGGAGGGUCUGGAUCCGAGAUGGAAGAGCUCGAACGCAGACGGGCUGGGACUGGGUGGGCGCAUCAUGCGGAUAAUCAGUUUACGCUUGGUCUGCCUGCUUUCCCUGUAGCUUCUGGAUCUGGUUCCGGGUCAAAUUCAAAUUCGGGCUCGGGAGGGUACAACUCGACGACGGGUGCUACGAAUGGUUCUGAUUCCGAUCCAAAGAGUGGAGUUUCGACGCCUACGCGCCCUGUUCACCAAUACGCUGACGGUCCAGACCAAAAUCCGAUCCACGUUCAGGGCAGGCCCAAUCGAUCGAAUUCCGCUGCGACGCCUACCGGGUCUAGCACGACCGGACGGACACGGCCUGUCAUUUCCCCGCUCAUCAUCCCUGAUCAACCCGUUUUUUCUUCUUAUCCCGUCAUUUCGGGUCGGACGAGCUCCUUGACGACUGACGAGGACGAGCUGGAUAUGGACACGCCGACACGGUGGAAAGCUAGCCCGAUCGCACGAUCGGUGGAUACGGGAGGAAGCAGGACUAAAGGUCGACGCCGGGUUUCCACCAGUGCAGGGGUUGCAGGGUAUUCCAUCUCGGAACGAGGACAUGGACAGGGACAGGGACAUCCGAUGGCGACAUCGAGGUACAAACGGAGGUCCCCGUCUUUGCAUGUCUUGCCUACUGACAAUAAUCCAAGCAAUGCGGUGGGCGAGAAUCCUCUGGCACAUACGUGGGGCAGGAAGACGUUUGUCGAAGGGACCCAGAUGGAGCCGUUGGCGUCAUCAUCGUCGACUUCGUAUAGGAAACGAAGGGCGACGAUGAGCGCCGGUCCGCACGAUUUCGUCUUUGGGACACUGGGGAAUGAAUUGAAACAAGGUCAAUUACCUCCGGGCGCUAUGCCUGCAGUGGAUCCUGCUAGGCAGUCCGAAUUCUUCCAACGUUCGCCUGUGGACGGUCGACAGCGGGCCUGGGUUGAAGGAGAACCUCCAUCAAAACGUAUCAUGCCGCCCAGAAGGACGUCCAGUCUGGAAAUCAAGGAUCGGCCGGGGAAGACCGAUCUUACAUGGUACACCCCUGAUCAUAAAAAGACGGAAAAGCCGACGAAGCAGCCUUUCAUCUAUGUACCGGCAUCCGACGUGAACUUUACCCUGCAUGCCAUACCAGGCGGAGUCAUGGGCCAGGGUCGACCUCUAGUGUCACCUGCGCUCAGCAACAAGUCUCACGCGAGUCGGUCAGGAGUCGACUUUUUCAGCAGCAGACCUAUAGCGGGAACGAGCAUUCUCGGCCUGGAUGAAGAGGGCCUAUCGACCUUUACGCUCCGGGCAGAGCGACCGUCUGGAUCAUCCGUCACGCAUUCCAAAGAGGAAUACCCGGUCGCCCCGCCGGAAAGUGGGUCUAAAGAGCACGCUGUCGGGACUAGCUACGAUGAGGAUCAUGAUCAGAUCCCUUCCCUCACCGGGACAUCGUCGGGUGCAGGUACAGCCGAGGUCAUGCUCUCGUCCGCUUCAACUUCGCUUUCGAGGAGUACCAAGAAUGCCAAGGACGGCAACGACAAGCAGGAGCCUAUCAUCGCCAAUUCGAACGACCCGGCAGAGGACAUGAACGGCCUGACAAAGGCUCUACAGGACAGGUUGGCCAUCCGUGUCGCCCGUUCUGAUCGGAGAAAGUAUCAGCUAGUCGAACUGGUCGAGACCGAAGUCGCCUAUACCAGCCACCUGCGCGACCUGGUCGAGAUCUUUCUUCCGCAGCUGGCUGCGCUCUCCUGCAUCACCGAGUCUGAUCACAAGCUCAUCUCACGGAAUCUCGGUGACAUGCUCUACUUCCACGAGCAGUUUUCGGCCCGCAUGGUGGAGGUGCUGAAGGAAGAACACUUGGGCACAGAAGCGGACCUACCUACGCCAGUGGAUGAGCCCGCGCGGACGGAGCGGAUGAUACGCAAAGUGUCUGCCGUCUUUAUUGAGGAUGCUUCUGGACUCGAAAUCUACAACCAAUAUUGCGCAGGCACCGCUGCUGCAAUGGAUAUUAUACGCGCUGUGCAUCAUCGACCCGAAUGGCACGCUUUCGAGAAACGGUGCCGUAUCGUUGCAGCCACGAGGGCCCACAAGACGCUUUAUAGCAUGCUAAAGGAAGAGCCCAGUUUCGUCGCGACUACGGUCCCUCCCGCGACAAUCAGCUCGAUGCCCUCUCGACUCUACCUUCGAGAUCUGCUCAUCUUGCCAGUCCAGCGGAUCUGUCGCUAUCCUCUUGUACUGCACUCGCUCAACGCUAGCGGGGGAACUCCUUCGCCAACGCUCGAAGACAAGAUCGAUUUCACGAGGAGCUAUGAUGUAGGUGUCGAUCCUUCUAGGGCCUUAGCCGUGGCGAAGAUGGCCGCAGCCAGGGCAGACGAGGCCAAUCGGCGCAGUAUCAUGGUAUCCAGGACCAAGAACAUUGCAAAGCGUCUAGAAUAUCACCCUGUCGUCAACAAAUCGCUUUUGGCAGGACUGGGCCCUUGCUUGCUAGCGGGAGCGCUGGAAGUACUAUAUCACCAUCCGACCUUGGCUCCCAUGCAUCCACCCAUAGACAUCAAGUACCAAGGCGCGUUUGUCUACAACGGCUUUAUGCUUCUGGUCAAGGUAAAAAAAACCAGCUACGAGAUAAAGCAUUACUUGCCCCUGGAAAUGUUCGAGUUGAUAGACGUCGACGAAGGAUUCUUGCCUUAUUCAAUCAGGCUGGUUUUUCUCGAUCAUCAAUUCGAGCUUGCCACUACUUGUCAACAGGAAAAGGAUGUAUGGGCGACAGCGCUGUGCGCGGCACGCAACGAGGCGGGGGUGUUGCCUUUCGAUCUGCCUUGCAGCAUCCUUCUGCGCACAGACAAGAAACGCCGCGGUUCCGUGGUGACACCCGUCGAGAUGCUAGCGACACCACUCAAGAGAAACUCCAUAGCCUUGUUCGAUUCUGUAGAAGCCUCGCCGUCAACGCCAAUCAACCGAUCCAUGGAUCGUGAAACAUCUCCGGCCGAUCGACAGGAAAUCCCCUUUCCGGCAUCUCCCGUGACCCCGGCCACUCCGCUCCGGCGCCAACCCGUGGCAAUCGGCGCUACGUCACCAGAUUUCUUUUUGGCCAAGGUUUCCUCCUGGCAGCGUGCGGUCAUCGACGACUACCUCAUCUUCAGCGAAGAGAUCAGCUUGGCAAGGAUGAGCAGCGAUCAACCAAAGACUAUGCCCUCACCGAGCGCGAAUUCUGGGCCCAUGCGCAACCGAUUGUCGAUGCGGGGGGCGUCUGUAUUGAAGCGUCGGCGAAGCUACGUCGACGUGAAAGGGUUCGGGCACGCCCGGACGGUGUCGACCAGUAGCCAAAAGGAAGACAACCGGAUCUCGUCGUAUACGACGGUGUCUGGCAAGAGGUCUUCUCUGGCAGGUAGUAUCAAGCGGGGUCUUUCGUUGUCUUCUCACGACGGUCAACAAGAUCCUUGGGCAUCGACUCCCAUGUUGAUUAGCGGAACCAGUUUGUCAUCCCCGGUAGUAUCGACCGCACCAAUAACGGUCCCAUCGAGCCCUGUGGCCACCACGGCUACUGCGGUGCCGAACAACACGAUCAGCAGAGAACCGUCCGGGACCUAUCCUUCUCGUGAGGACGCCGGAGCACAGCGACACGUUCGCUCGCAGUCUCAAGGUCUUCCUACUCAGGGAGCUUUCAUACCAUCACAAAGCAAUCGUCAGGUCUUGCCACGCAAACAAUCGCUUACCCGGCUGAGCUCCCUUUUUGGUCGACCCAAACCGUCGGAGAGAGCGCACUCUCUGCCGAGCAGCCCGUCCGUGCCGAGGUUGCCGGAUCACAGCCCCCAUGACGAUAUGACCCCUAACGAUCACGAGAGCCCUGCUGAAGGAUACUUUGAGUCCAGGCAUCAUCACCACGGGGUAUACGCUUCAGGUGCUGGCUUUUCCAACAUUCGUCCAUCGAAUCCCCCACAACAACCUUCGUUAAUAAAGAGGUCCAUGUCAUUCGUCAAGCUUGCUUCCAAGGGGAAGGGAACCAGCUCGAACCCGAACAGCGAGUAUGGCGGGUAUGACAGCCGGAGGAAUUCGGUUGAGACCGACCCGCUGACCUCUUCCGUCUAUUCGACUCCAUCUGCCGAACCCCGUGGAUUGGAAUCGGUACCCGGCUCGCCAAGCGGUGUUGUACCUGGACUUCCCAUCGACGAGGUGGUCGUGAACGAUUUCGGAGCUCCGGUCGGUCAGACAUCGGAUGCACGUCGCUCUCGAUCGAAUACUUCGUCAGAUUACGGUACAGACACCUCGUCUGUACCCAAGCCGGACACAACAGCUCGUCGCCUAGAGCCGAGUAGAGAUUCUGAUAGCGCAAAACCCAAUCCGCCCAAGAGGCGUCGUAGCGUCAGGUUCUUCAGUAUCAAGGGACUGACUUCAAUUACCGGCAACAAUGGACAAUCAUAGAUAAUCUUGCUCCAAUUCGCUAAAUCACUAUAAUUUACCCAAGACCCGAUUUUCGAGCAUUGUCGACGAGCAUUACCAUGUAGCUACAAACACGAAACCUCAUGUAUCCUCGAUGACCAGCAUGUUUCCCCCCUC